AUGUCAAAAUAUUAUCCUUUAUACAUGAAACCUGUAAAAUUAUAUUUUCAUAUAAAGUAUGGUUGUCAGAAUGUUGCUGCUUCAUUGACUAGGCCUACAACCAUCAAAGCUGAAAAUGAUCAGAUUUUUCAUUUUGAUUUGAACUUACAAUGUUCAUCAUCAUUCAUAAUCCUUCCAAAUUAUUCCGGUUAA